CGCACAUGUACGCGUACGAAACGAUUCUUGUGACCGAAAUCAACUGUUGGGUUAAACAGAGGCUACAGUUAAGGAUCUGUGCUCAGUAAAGCCUUCCCGGCCAGGAUACGAACCCAGGACAAAGCGCUUGGGAAACACGAGGCGAGUGUCUCAUCACUACGCCACGGGAUAGUUAUCUAUGUACGGAACCGUGGGUGACGAUUAUGUACGAAUGUUGCAGAGGUGCACCAUUGGUGUGUGAGGAGCAGGAGUGUGAGGAGCGGCAAGUUCAGGUGUCAAGUGUGACCACAACCUCACGAGACGGAGAAGGAGUCGUCUACAGACACACGGCCAGCAUCUCACACAGACGCUCUGAGACACAGUAACGUGACGAGUGAUGUGAGAGGCGGCCGCCUGCACUUGACUCUCCUGGAAAACCACACACUCAAGGUACAAUGUAUUCAGAUGCACAUCGUUUGUUUCUUCAAAUAAUAACUGCACGUCGGGUAUUAAUGGGAGCAGAAGUCAAAAGCACCUUUGAGAAAUGCUGUCAAAAGUUUCAUGUUCCACCAGAUAAUCUACACGAGUUUGUUAUGGAAAUAAAUCGCCGUCUUGAAGUGAUGCAUUUAGCAAUAAGAAAAUCCAUCCAAGAAGAUUUGGCAGAGGACAUUCAGUGUUUUGUUCUUGUCAAUACACUGAAUGGAGAAACUACAAGAAUGGGCUCAACAUUUAAUUCCCAAGAGCUUGCCCUUUUCAAGCGUAUCAUAGAAGAGCUUGUCAACUCUGAUGAUGGCGAACUUCCAGAAACAGAGGCUAUGAACUUGGCAACUAAUUUGGAAACUCGAAUGAAAAUUGGAGACAGCGAGGAAGCUAUUCAGCGCUUCAUACAUGAUAAAUGGCUUCUCCAGCAUACCAGAAGGGAAAAGGUUGUCUCACUGAGUGCCCUUACUAUAUCAGAAUUGCAGCCAUAUCUAGAAGAAUUGUAUCCGGAAUUAGUCCAAAAGUGCUUCUUAUGUAAGAUUCUCACAUUAAAGGGAUACAGAUGUACCAAGUGCAGUACCAGAGUACAUCGAAGGUGUGGUGACAGAUAUUUUACUCGUAAAAACGUGCAACCUGUUCUCUGUCCCGAUCCAGAGUGUGAUGAACCAUGGCCACACAUGGAAAAGUGUCUUAAACAAAAACGUUUAAGAUCAUCCGAGUGAGAAUAGUACCCAGUAAGUUAAAAUUGUGUUCCACUGACGUAAACUAAUUUGCAAUAUGUUGAUGUAACUCCUCCUGUACUUGUAUGUGUAUCUUGAUGGGUGGAUAACUAAAUUUCUCAAAUUACAUCAUUUGACUUUGAGAAGCUAUAAUCAGUUUAAAAUAAAGUACUUGGUGGACUGGAAGGGAGUUGGUGUAAUUAUAAGUACUGUAGUCUAAAUUUUGUAGUGUAGUGAUUAAGGUAAUUUUGUGCUUAUUGAUUACUAUUGUUGAUUUUAAGGAUGAAUAUUGUUAAAUUUCUUUAAAAUUGUAUCAUGAAUCAUAAAUAAAGUAUGUUAAAAUAA